GUGCGACGAGAAGGGGUGGGGAUCCGUGGUACGGACAGGGAACAAAACCACCCACCCCCAUCCACACGCAGUUGCUCGGUUCGCAAUCGGCUACCGCUUAUAAAGAGAAAAAGAGCCGGAUCUCAGUUAACGGGAGCGAGAGAGCCUUGGUCGCGUGUGAUGCGUGGACUAUCGGGCGAUGGCAGCUCAUUUAACGCGUCUGCCAGGGCGAGCCUCGUUAGCUAAACCAGUUAGCAGUUAAAGGAGCAUAAACACUAACGCAGGCUGGUGCAACGCGGAGGUAGAACAAGAAAAGAUGCGGACGAGCGUUUUAGGUGAUUAUACGGUGCACGAAUUGACCGCGGCGCCGUUUUCCACGCCAGCUUCAGCUGGUCGUUGUUUCGAAAGCCGGGCGCCGCUGGUAACGUGACAUGCCGGCAUGUUGCUGUCAGAGACGCAGACAAGGCGAGAGCGCGGUUCGGCAUUAAUAAUAAACACGGCCGGCGAGGCGCAGACGCCGGCAGAAUGCGCGUCUCAUCACCGCUUCACUUAAUAUUAUUUUCUUUUUGCAGCGGUUUGUUAGCGCUGUCCUGUCUUUGUGGCCGUUUCCCGGACGAGAGCUGUAUUGUCGGGCAGUCUGGGUGGCUUUUUAGCCAGGCCACAUGAAAAAGACACUAGAGGGCAGUUGUCGAAAAGGUGGAAAACAUUUUUAGCCGAGUAGCCCAUUACGUGCUAGUUGGGUUUUGUCUUCCAUUUUAUCCGAAUAUACGUCGGACAGCACCUGGCUAUCGAUGAGUCCGGGAUGCACGAUGAUAAAAUGGGACCCGGUACCCGGAGGACGGCGGUCAGAGGGGGUGUUACUGAAUAGCAGUGCCGUGCAGUGGGUUCAUUUAUGCGGAUGCUGUAUUACACAGGCAUCGUUACUUGUAAGGUGUCACCUUAUUUUAGUAUAUCAGUAACUGAACAGCAGCAAACACUUUGCGGUCUGUUGUUUUCAAUUAACUCGAUUGAGGCCUUUGAUGUUAAUUUGUUUCUUUUGGUAUAUAGCAGACCAUGUACUUGUACUGAAAUGGCCUGAGGUUUUCGUUAAAGUAUGCAGUUUAGUUGUACGUAUUAAUACGAGAGAUGACACAGGUUGCUUCUCCAGAAAUUCAUCCUGAAUGUCCAAGUUUCCUGAAUCUUCAUGAAAUUGGACCAAAUAUACCCUGAUAGAUGAGCAAGACAUACCGCUGGUGGAGAAUUAUGCCUUUGAGGCUCGCAUGGAGGUGGAUGCAGAUGGGAAUGGGGCUAAGAUCUUUGCUUAUGCCUUUGACAUCAGCAAAGGGCGCUGGGCAGGGAGGCCGCUCCAUGAGCUCCUCUGGGAGAAGCAUGUGGGUGGCAUCGCACCAAACUUCCAGGUGGUCCACAUCAAUUCUGUUACUGUGGACAACCGUUUGGACAACCUGUGCCUGGUGCCGGUGGGCGGGAGCCCUAAACCUGAGGAGCUGUCCAGCAAACAGAGAGAGCAGUCCUUGUACUGGCUGGCUAUCCAGCAGGUGCCGGCCGACCCGGUGGAGGAGCAGUACCUGGAGAUGAGCCGCACACGCUACUUCAACGCCAACGGGGAGCUGGUGGAGGAGGAGGAGUGCUCCUGUACCUACUACGAGUGUCACUACCCUCCCUGCUCCCUGAUCGAGAGGAGGCUCCGAGAGUUCAACAUCUGUGGACGAUGCCAGGUGGCUCGUUACUGCGGCUCCCAGUGCCAGCAGAGGGACUGGCCGGCCCACAAGAAGCAAUGCCGUGAGCGGAAGAAGGGCCUGGUGAACGAGUCGGAGCCAGAACGAUGAUCUUUGGACCAAGGAUGGG